AUGCCGCCAAAACGUAAACUCGCAUCUGCCAUCCCACCAAACGCCGUGUCCGCGAAGAAGUACACGGACGUUUCUGGGGAUGCACCAAACAAACGAUCACGUAUAGCGAAACCUGUCGCAAAAGCCUUCACAAAUGGCGCGCCACCUAUCGAAUCGAUUGCGAAGAAUGGCGAGAACGGAGCUCCCGGCGAAGCUGUCAAGAACGAAGAGUUUGACCAUUCGCGACCAGAAGAAAAGGCUGGAAUCGUGGAUAGGAGGUACUACCCGGCGGAGAUGAGCAAUGAGCGCUGCGCCAUGUACAAUGCCAGCGAGAUCCCACGGCCAAUUGAGAUCUUGGAAAAGGCGUUGGCAGAUACGAAACACGCCCGACAGGCGAUCAGACUGGGCAAGGACGGAGGGAGCGGAGAGGCCGUGAUACAUUGGUUCAAACGCGACUUGCGCAUACGGGACAACACUGGCCUGUCUGAAGCGGCAGCGCUCGCGAAGGAGAAGGGAAUCGGGCUAAUUGGAGUGUGGAUAAUGAGCCCACAAGACUGGGUGGCGCAUCUGGUCAGUCCGCCGAAAUGCGAUUUCGAGCUGCGAUCCGUCGAAUUGAUGAAGAAAGAGCUGGACGAACUCGACAUCCCACUCCACAUUGAAACAGUGCCCAAGCGAAGGAAUGUGGCAAAGAGGCUGUUAGAAUUGGCACAGGAGUGGAAUGUCAAGAAUAUCUUUUGCAAUCUGGAAUACGAGCCCGAUGAGCUUCGACGGGAAGCCCGUCUCGUAGAGCUCAUGUUGGAGAAUGGCAUCGGCUUCAACCCUCAACACGAUGAUUGCGUAGUACCACCAGGCGCCCUGAAGACGGGUGGUGGCAAGCAAUACGCAGUCUACAGCCCAUGGUUUCGAUCAUGGGUUGCGCACCUGCAUGCCCACCCACACUUGCUCAACGAACGUCCAAUGCCAGAAAGAAACCUAGCGGGUUUUCGGGAGAAACACGCGGGUCUCUUCGACGCCAAAAUACCAGACCUUCCCGAAUCAAAGAGCCUGACCGAUGAAGAAAAGACCCGUUUCCACGCUCUCUGGCCCGCCGGAGAAGCAGCAGCCAUCGACCGCCUCGAACGCUUCGCGAGCGAAAAGAUAGGCCGCUACCAAGCCACACGCAACUUCCCAGCCCUCAACAGCACAGGCCGAGUCAGCGCGCACCACGCCGCCGGCACGCUCGCCGCCCGAACCAGCGUGCGCAUGGCGCGCUCCGCAAACACCUCCAAGAAACUCGACGGCGGCUCCGACGGCAUCAAAACCUGGAUCUCGGAAGUCGCCUGGCGCGACUUCUACCGCCACGUCCUCGUCCACUGGCCGUACGUGUGCAUGAACAAGCCGUUUAAAUUCGAAUACACCAAUAUCGAAUGGGAGUACAACGACGCGCAUUUCACGGCGUGGAAGGAAGGGCGCACGGGGUAUCCCAUCGUCGACGCCGCGAUGCGCUGCCUCAAGCACACCGCAUACAUGCACAACCGCAAUCGCAUGAUCACCGCGUCGUUCCUUGCAAAGCACUUGCUCCUCGACUGGCGCCUGGGCGAGCAGUACUUCAUGACGCACCUGAUUGACGGCGACUUUGCGUCGAACAAUGGGGGGUGGGGCUUCUCGGCCUCCACGGGCGUGGAUCCGCAGCCGUACUUUCGUAUUUUCAACCCUUGGCUGCAGUCGGAGAAGUUUGAUGAGGAGGGCGACUUUAUUAGACUGUGGGUGGAGGAGUUGAGCGGUGUGCAGGGUAAAGCGGUGCAUAAUCCGUAUGCGGAUAAGAAGGCUGCCGAGGUGGCGAGGAAAAAUGGAUAUCCGAAGCCGGUGGUUGAGCAUAAGUUUGCGAGGGAAAGGUGUUUGGCGAGGUAUAAGGCGGGUAUUGGGCGGAGUACGGCUUGAAGAUAGCAUGGCUAGAUGUACACGUAGAUGUUGAGUGUGGAGAGUGCCAUCAUAUUGAGGAGUUGAUCAUGUCCCGGCACAGUUGUUGGAGAUAGCAGGAACGAGACUGAUUGUCUGUAC